GCCAUCCAGAGCCCCGAAGGGAGGCGUCUCCUCGGCGGUUGGAGAACGCGCUUCGGAUCUCGGUCCAGCAGAAGUCGGAGGGAUGGACUGAACUGGGCGAAGCGCCCCCCCCGGCUGCCAUGGCGGACGGGGCGUCCCUGCCCAUGGCCGAGUGGCUCCAGGCCCUGCACCUGGAGCAGUACAUCGAGCACUUCCAGCGGAACCGCCUGUGGGCCCUGUCGGACUGCCGGCACCUGACGGACGAGGCGCUGACCCACCUCGGGAUCCAGCUGCCCGGGCACCGGAAGCGCAUCCUCUCCGGGCUGCAGAAGGCCUUCUCGGAGGCCGGCCCGGCCCCGGAGAGGCCCCAGUGCCCCCCGAGGAGACCCGUCCCCAUGAAGCGCCACAUCUUCCGCACCGGGCCCGCGGCUUCUCCGGCGGAGCAGGAGGCCAGAGGCGAGUCGGCUGCGCCAACGGGCAAGAGGUCGCCUCCCUUGCGGGAGCCGGAGAGCCCGGCGAGCCCCCUCCCCGUGCCGCCGCCCAUCCCGCCCAGGACGAGCUGCCACCCGCCGGUCAAGUUCUCCUCUCCUGCUGCCGCUGAGCCCCCCGCAGCCUCUCCCCCGGAUUCCACUUGCCUUUUGGACUUGACUCCCCCGCUGCUGCCCCCUCCGCCCGCCGGAGAGCGGCUGAGUCCGGAGACGGCGCCUCGCGAAGAGACGGGGAAGCCUGCGCUGCCCCCCCUCCCUGCCAAGCGCUACCAGAUGGAGAGCCAGCCGGCCUUCCAGAGGGGGCCCCCGGUCCCCAGCCGGCCCCCCAGGCUGCCUCCGCGGCCUGCGCCCCAGAGAGCACGAGCCAGUUCUCCUGCGAAGGACGAGGCCCGCGACCCGGAGGAGCCGCCCGCCGCGCCGCCCGCCCUCCUUCCCCGCCUGAAGCUGCCGGAGCCGCACAGCAAGCCCCCGCUGCUCGCCCAGCCGCAGUUCGACGAUUCGGAUUACGAGGAUGUCCCGCCCGAUGAGAGGAUAGCGUCUCCUGCCGGAGAGAUGAGUGACCAGGAGCCGGCGGGCACCACGCCAGAGGUCCGGCGCUCGGUUCGCUUCAGCAGCCUUUUCAGCGAGGAGGAGCUGAUUGAGGAUUACUUCAGGGCGGAAUCCCCCCCCAGCAGGGCCUGGAAUGAGUGUGGGCUGGCUGCCCCCUGCCCCAGCGUCACGCAGCCCUUCGGCACGUUGAGCCUCCAGAGCGACGGCACAGACAGGAUGGACUCGGCAGCACCGCUCCCGCCGGUCGUGAAAGCCGGGUGGCUGGACAAAACCCCCCCGCAAGGGCCCUACAUCUACCAGAAGCGCUGGGUAAAGCUGGACGCCGAAUACCUGCGGUACUUUGACAGUGAAAAGGACGUUUACUCCAAGCGUCUCAUCCCGGUGUCAUCCAUAACCCGGGUGGCUCCUACUGGGGACCAGAAAUUUGAGGUGGCCACAAACAACCGGACGUUUGCCUUCCGGGCGGAGAGUGAUGCGGAUCGCAAUGACUGGAUCAAGGCCCUCCAGAGGGCCAUGGCCGAAAGGAAGCCAAGGGGCUCGGAAAGGGCCCUGGGCUGCCAGCCGGCCAGCAGCAGCGUGGACUCCGUGGACAAGUGCGGCCCUCUGGAGCUGCGGGGCUUUAAAAACAAGCUGUACGUGGUGGUGGCCGGGGAGAAGGUCUUCCUGUACAAGAAUGCGGAGGAUUUCCGCCUGGGGAUCGGGAUCACCUACAUCGACAUGAACGUGGGGAACGUCAAGGAUGUGGACAGGAGGGCUUUCGAUCUGACAACGCCCUACCGGAUCUUCAGCUUCGCGGCGGAAUCCGACCAGGAGAAGGCCGAGUGGGUGGAGGCCAUGCAGCGGGCCGUGGCCGAGGCGCUCUCCAACUUCGAGGUGGCCGAGCGGAUCUGGGCGGUGGAGGCGAACUGCUUCUGCGCCGACUGCGGGACCCCCAAGCCCGACUGGGGCUCCAUCAACCUCUGCGUGGUGAUCUGCAAGCGCUGUGCCGGGGAACACCGGGGCCUGGGGCCCAGCGUCACCAAAGUGCGGAGCCUCAAGAUGGACCGAAAAGUCUGGACAGAGGAGCUGAUCGAGCUCUUCCUCCGGAUCGGGAACGCCGUGGCCAACCAGUUCUGGGCCGCCAACGUGCCGCCCAGCGAGGCCAUCAGCGCCUGGAGCGAGAGCCAGGAGCGGAGGCGCUUCCUGGUGGCCAAGUACCGGGAAGGGAAGUACCGCCGGUACCACCCGCUGUUUGGGAACCAGGAGGAGCUCAACAAGGCUCUGUGCGCGGCCGUGACCACCAGCGACCUGGCCGAGACGCUCGCCCUGCUGUUCUGCGGGGCUGAGGCGAGCUGCUUCUCGGGCGACCCUGACCACCCGUCCCCCGUGGCCCUGGCGGAACAGGCCGGCCAGCGGCUGCAGAUGGAGUUCCUGCUGCGCAACAAGACGUCCGAGACCCCUCAGCUGGACGCCGGCACCAGCGUCGAGAAGCACUACUCUGUCAUCCUGCCUUCCGUCGCCCACAAUGGCUUCCUGUACAAAACCCCCUCCAUGGCCAAGCCGGUGCACGAGCGCAAGUCCCGGGAAGAGUUCAGCCGCCGCUGGUGCACCCUGCACGAUGGGGUCUUCAGCUACUACGAGAGCAACGCCAGCACGGUGCCCAACGGGGAGAUGAAGAUGGCGGAGAUCGUGUGCCUCGCGAACAACCCGCCGGGCUCCCACGGGUUUGCCAGCACGUUUGAGGUGUACAUCGAAGCGGAGCGGCUCUACCUCUUCGGGCUGGACAGCCCCGAGGCGACCAAGGAGUGGGUCACAUGCCUGGCGAAGUCCUUGGUCCCGCCGGCCGCCGAGGGGCUGCUGAGCCACGACUUCGAGCGGCUGGGGCGGCUGCAGUGCAAGGGCGGGCUGAGCCUGGGGCAGGCCAAGGAGGGCUGGUUCGCCCUGGCGCAGUCCACGCUCUACGCCUGCCUGGAGGGCAGCGAGAAGGAGGAGGCCGUGCACCUCCAGAAGCUGCAGGAGCUCUCCAUCCAGGGGGAUAACGAGGUCCUCGUGCUGGUGGAGAGGAGAAGGACGCUGUACAUCCAAGGCGAGAGGAAACUGGACUUCCUGGGGUGGGUCAGCGCCAUCCAGAAGGCUGCCGGCAGCUCUGGGGACACCUUGUCCGAACAGCAGCUCACGGACACGGACAUCCCCGUCAUCGUGGACAGGUGCAUCGAUUACAUCACGCAGUGCGGCCUCACCUCCGAGGGGAUCUACCGGAAGAGCGGGCAGAACUCCAAGACCACCGGCCUGCUGGAGGUGCUGCGGAGGGACGCGCGCAGCGUCCGGCUCCGGGAAGGGGAGCACCAGGUGGACGACGUGGCGAACACGCUCAAGAGGUUCUUCCGCGGCAUCGGGGACGGGCUCUUCACCCAGGAACACGCCCAGGCCUGGCUGAAAAUUCCCGCCCUGGAGGACAGCGUGGAGAAGGUCAGCCGGUACCGGGACCUCCUGGACCGCCUGCCGCCCGUCAACCGGGCCACCCUGAAGGCUCUCAUCAACCACCUGUACCGGGUCCAGGGCGCCUCCGACCUGAACCAGAUGAGCACCCACAACCUGGCCAUCGUCUUCGGGCCGACGCUCUUCCAGACGGACGGCAAGGACUACAAGGCCGGGCGCGUGGUGGAGGACCUGAUCGGGCACUACCGGGACAUCUUCAGCGUGGACGAGGAGGAGAUGCGCAAGCAGCACGAGGAGAUCCAAGCCAUCAUGAAGAUGCGCAGCGUGGUCUCCUCCGGCGGGAUGCAGCCAGCUGGGGACUUCAUCUGCACGGUGUACCUGGAGGAGAAGAAGACGGAAGCCGAGCAGCACAUCAAGAUCCCUGCCACCAUGACGGCGGAGGAGCUGACCUUCGAGAUCCUGGACCGGAGGAAAAUCGUCAUGAAGGAGAAGGACUUCUGGAGCUGCUUCGAAGUUAACGAGCGGGAGGAGGCGGAGCGGCCGCUGCACUACCACGAGAAGGUGCUCCCCAUCAUGCACAGCCUGGGCAAGGACAGCUACCUGGUGGUGAAGAGACAGCUCUCCAUGGAGAACAUGCUGCUGUACCUAGCCAGCAGGGUGGGCGACAGCAAGCACGGGAUGAUGAAGUUCCGCGAGGAGAAGAACGUGCUGGGCCUGGGGCUGAGCACCGGCUUCCACGACCGCUACUUCAUCCUGAACAGCAGCUGCCUGCGCCUCUACAAGGAGGUCCGGAGCCACAAACCGGAGAAGGAGUGGCCCGUGAAGAACCUGAAGAUCUACUUGGGCAUCAAGAAGAAAGUCCGUCCCCCGAGCUGCUGGGGGUUCACGGUCUUCUUCGAGAACGAGAGGGUGGAGAAGCAGCAGUGGUAUCUCUGCUGUGACACUCAGAUGGAGCUGCGGGCCUGGUUCGCCACCUUCCUCUUUGUGCAGCACGAUGGCAACAUUUGGCCUUCGGAGUCUUCCAAGGUUCGGGCAUCCCGGACUCAGCAGGAUUCCCGGCUGGGGAACCUCUCGCUCAUCCCGCUGCGAGGCACCGAGAACGAAAUGAGGAACAGCGUGGCGGCCUUCGCGGCUGACCCUGUGGCGCUUCUUCGGGAGGUAUGAAAUUGGGAGCGUGCACGCCAGGUUCGUUGACAAAGGCCGGGAGCGGAGUUGGACUCCAGAUCAGGAGGUGCCCGGCAGCUCCAGCGGGGCGGGGAGGGGGGUUCUCGGAAACACGGCACGGCUUUUGGGACGUGGCUCCCGGACAAGCCACGCAACUGGAACGGCCAAGGAGACCGCGGCCCUGCAGACUGGAACGGCUUCCGGAGGGGCCCGCCGGCCGAUGGGGCCCACAUCUCUGCGGGGAGGGGAGUGUCCUGAGCCGGACGCAAGCGCUAACCAGCAGCUGCCCGCUUCCCCGCCCGGCCGGGUUGAGCCUGGACCCCGGAGUCCCGGGAGGCGUGGUCUCCAGACCCACAGACUGCCGACUCUGCGUCUCUGCUGACUCUGAGGGGCCCCGGGGCCCUCCCUGGCGCGAGGCCUGCAGCGAGGUCCCUCGAGCACUCAUGGGGUCAGCUCGGAGCCUUUCCUUCCGCCCGAGCCCUGCCCAAAACGGACACACCGUGCUGGACAAACCGAGAGGAAUGGGGACGUGUUGCGGGUGCCGGCGGACGGAGGAGGGAGAGGUGGAGCGCGCGCGCCCAGCGUCUGGCGAGGCCAAGUGUGCCGGCAGGGAGAGACCCUCCGCCGCCGCCUCCUUCCACGGCCAGCGGCCUGCACUGCUCGGCUUCCGUCCGUCUUCCUCGCCCUUUCGGGAGGCCCGGUAGCCUUUGCCGAAGCGUAGCCGGAUUACAAGGGGGGCGGAGAUGCCGGCCGGCCGGCCGCUGCACAGACACCUCUGGGCAUGGGGAAGCGGGCGGGCGAGUGGCGGCGUUGCCCAGCUGCUGCCUGGGAGUACCAGGGCGGGCGCGCUGGGUGCCCCCCGCCUGCGGCGUGCGGGGCAUCGGGGGGAGCGCCCCGAGUCCAUCCCGCUCAUGCAAAGCUGCUCUGUGUGGCUGACUUGCCAGGAUAAUAGCAUUAACAAGAACAA